CAACAUCAACGAAGAAGACUUACCAAACCAGCCGGCUGACAGCCUUUGAGUAACCCAGCUCCGUGUUUUACGACAGCACUGCUGGACCCCCUCACCACUGGUAGACAUUAGUGCACAAACAUGUUACUCUCUUCACUGCGGACGACGGUUUUUUGCGGUUGCAGGAGCAGCGCUAAGGGGUUUCAGCACAGCAGCCGGAGUCCACAGCUACGACAAUGGCUUGUGAAGAGAGGUCAGAGCACCGUCACAGUGGAGGCAGGAGCCUCCUCUACUCCAGCAGCAGCCACUGUCCCCAACGCAGCCACAAAUCGCAUAGUGGGUCGCUGGUUACUCGGUUGCAGUGGGCUGGUGGUUGGAGCCGUUGUGUUGGGUGGUGUCACAAGGCUAACAGAGUCUGGGCUUUCUAUGGUUGACUGGCAUCUGGUGAGAGAGAUGAAGCCUCCUCAGACACAAGCAGAGUGGGAGGCUGAGUUUUCCAAGUACCAGCAGUUUCCAGAAUUUAAAAUAAUGAACCACGAUAUGACUCUGCCAGAGUUUAAGUUUAUCUUCUACAUGGAGUGGGGACAUCGUAUGUGGGGCAGGCUGGUUGGACUGGCAUACAUCCUCCCCACUAUUUACUUCUGGAGGAAAGGCUACUUUACUCGUUCCAUGAAAGGAAAGGUGCUGGGGCUUUGUGGAUUUGUCUUCUUCCAGGGCCUUCUGGGGUGGUACAUGGUAAAAAGCGGGUUGGAGGAGAAGCCUGAGUCUUACGACAUCCCUCGAGUCAGUCAGUAUCGCCUAAGUGCUCACCUUGGUUCUGCCUUGUUGCUGUACUGUGCCAGUCUCUGGACAGGGCUCACGCUGAUGCUGCCAGCACACAAGAUGGCAGAAACCAAACGUCUCAUGCAGCUGAGGAGGUUUGCCAAGGGUACUGGUGGCCUCGUCUUCCUUACUGCUCUUUCAGGUGCUUUUGUUGCUGGUUUGGAUGCUGGGCUGGUGUAUAACUCCUUCCCUAAGAUGGGAGAACGAUGGGUUCCUGACGAUCUGCUGGCCUUCUCUCCUACCCUCAAGAACUUCUUUGAAAAUCCAACAACUGUACAGUUCGACCACAGAAUUUUAGCCAUCAGUUCUCUGACUGCGAUUACAGGCCUCUAUAUGUUCUCAAGGAGGAUGGUGCUGCCCAGGAGAGCUAAGAUUGCCAUCAGUCUCCUUGCAGCAAUGGCCUAUGGACAGGUUGCCCUUGGUAUCAGCACUCUGCUACUGUAUGUCCCCACUCCACUGGCAGCAACUCACCAGUCUGGCUCCGUGGCUCUUCUCUCAUUGGCCAUUUGGGUUCUGGCAGAGCUCCGCAAAAUGCCCAAGUAAAUGCCUACUCCAUUAUGGACAAAUUUAAUCCCAAGCAGCCACACAGCGAGGAUGAAACAGUCAGCAGUGACACUUUGAGUGCAGAAUUCAGAACACUGGACUUUUAUGUACAUGCUGAAGCAUCUGCGCUGUGACUUUGCAAAGUAAUCUUCAUCACGCUAUUAUUGAAGCAGGAGCUUUUUUUGAUUGUGGUUGAUUUAAGCAUUACAGGAAUACAUUAAG